CUCAACGUUUCAUCCAUCCAAAAUCAAAACACGAGUGAAUCAUUAAGAUAAUCCUUUGUGUCAAAAUGAAGUCUGUGUUUGUAUCAUUCUUCACUCUACUAGUUGUGUUAGUUUUCACAGUUGCGGCCAAAGAGGCAUCGAAGGGCUUAACCUGUGACCAGGAAAAAUCCUUAGUGGCGCCAUGCUUAGAUUUUCUGACCAAGAAAACUGAUACUCCUUCAACUCCUUGCUGCCAAGGAUUGACCAAACUCAUAGAAUCGACACCAACAAAGGAAGAAAAAAAAGCUGCAUGUAAGUGCCUUAAGGAAGGAGCAUCUCAGGUUCCUAACCUAGACAAAGACAGAGUCAAUAAUCUUUGCAAAACUUGUAAAAUCAGUGUCCAUUUUCUCUUCUCCAAGGACUUGGAGUGCGAAAAACUUUAAGCCACAACAUUCAAUGGUAGCAACGGUGGAUUAUGCUUCGAUUUUUCUAUUUUUGUAACAGAAUAAUUAGAUUGUUUGUUGAACUUCUCUCAACAAACAUUUAUGUUGGAAUUGGUGAUUAAUAAAUGUGCUUUUUAUAUA